AUGGAAGCUGGGCAAGAGGAGAUCUCAUCAAACAGCGAUCAACCUACGGAAGUGGUUGUAGACUCGAUGCAGCCAUCUUCAUCAGCAAACAAUAUGAUCAUCAACAAUGCUUCUGAGAUAUUACAACAGCUACUGCACAAUGGACAGAUCAGUAGGGCCAGUUACGAUCUGCUCUUGAUGAGCCAAGUAAACAACGCAGCAAUUACUUCUACAUCGAGGAAUCGAUCUGUUUCAUCCCGCAAGAAAAGCGCUGGAUUGGUUCCUGCUCAUGUAGAAAGUCCUAUUCAGGAGCUGCAACACGGAGAUGAUCAGGAUUUAGGAAGCCCGAAAGUGGAUGAUGCGAAAACAUUUGACUGGGAACAUGACGAAAUCGACGUUGCUCCGACACAGUCGUCAAAAAUUGCAAAGUCAAAACGAGGGUAUUUGUCACGACGCUGGAUAAUGUCGCUGCCACUGUUUCCUCAAACGAUCUUGAUGAUUCUGCUUGGUGGCGUCGCAAUCACUAUUCCUGGGAUCAUUUCGCUUCUGCUAUGCGUACAGGAUCGUGGUGUAUACUGGACUGUCCAGCGUCCAACUUGCAUGGGCAUCGCAGGCUACCCGACUUUUGUCUUUUCUGUAUACUUUCUUAUUCUAUGGACAUUUUUCUGGGGAGAACGAUACGUCCUGACAAUACUACCGGAGGUCUUGAUUCGCCUUUCUGAUAUUUUCCUGGGAACCUCUGAUGAUGGUGAAACUAAUGCCUUUGUUGAGCACGUAAUGGACUAUCUUCGCCAUAUGAGAAGAGCUAUUGAAUUUCUGCUCUUGAGUGCCGUUGGAUUGACAAGCUUCACAACAAUCUUCACCUCUAAUGUCGAUACAACAAAUUACUACAACUGGCAACAAGUCGUCACUUUGCUAUGGAGUUCACUGCUUUGGUCGUGUUUUGUCUGGGUCGCCGAAAGGUUUCUGCUUCAGCUCUUUGCUGUCCAGUUUUCACAAAGAGCAUACUCUGAAAGAAUAGAAGCAGAAAAAUACGCUUUCCAUGUCUUGGGUUGUUUGAAUCGAGCACGCUAUCGACCAAACAAUUCCGUUGGAUUGAACGUACCCACAGACUCGGAUAUCUCAACAGACUCGUCACAUUCCGAUGAACUUGAGACGGCUGUAACAGAACUUGAGAAGCAAGCAAGAAAAACAUCGUCAACUCCUCAAAACCAUUGGUUAGGUUUGAGAAAUCGAUCAUCGUACAGCGCAGGAGUCGAGAAAUUUCAGAAGGGGAUUGAGAAGCAUGCUGUGCGAUUGGGAUUGAAUAUCAAGAAUGUUGCUGGUGUGGUUGUUGGCGUUGAGACUGGCGAGACUGCUGGAGUGCUGUUGAGGAGUCUUCAUGAUGCCAAGAUGCUCUCGAAACGGUUGUUCUUGUCAUUGAAACGUGGCUCGUCAGGAAUACUAGUCCCAGCAGAUUUCAGACCAUACUUUCCCACUCAAGCCGAGACUAUGGCCGCGUUCAAACUUCUCGAUAAAGAUGAGAACGGCGACAUCUCUCCUCAAGAAAUGAGGACCACCAUCAUUGAGAUUUAUCGAGAACGUCUGAGCCUUGACAAGUCAAUACGAGACGGCAAUCAGGCAAUGCAUAAACUUGAUGGGCUUUUGAAAGUGUUUAUGUUUGCCCUGAUUAUCUUCAUAUGCUUGGGAAUCUGGGGUGUGAAUAUCACAAAUUUCCUUGCUGGGCUGAUAUCACUUUGGCUUGGAAUCCUUUUUGCUAUUGGAGCCACGAUCAAGAAUCUGCUUGAAUCUGUUAUAUUCCUAUUUUUGACACAUCCUUAUGAUGUCGGCGAUCGUGUUGAGAUUGAUGGCAAUACAUAUAUUGUUAAAGAAUUUGCUUUGAGCGUUACCGUAUUUCGUACACCUGAUGGGAAAGAAGUCAUCGCUCCUAAUCCAGUCCUGCUAACUAAAUUCAUCAACAACAUCCGCCGAUCCGGUCCACAGGUUGAGACCGUUCUAUUGAAGCUCAGCGGUGACACCACAGAGGCCCAGCUUCAAAAAUUAAAAGAACGUCUUGGGGACUUUGCCCAACAUUCGAGUCGGGACUUCAAUAGCUCUGUCACCACACACAUCAAGGAACUGAACGAUAGCAAUCAGAUGACGGUGUCGGUCUCUAUAACGCACAAGACGAAUUGGAGCAACUUCAGCAACAAGGUUGCGAGAACCAAUCGGUUCAUGUUGGAAUUACGAAGGAUAAUGAUGGACCUCAAUAUGUCGAUCGUGAUUGUGCCGCCACCUGCGUAG